AUGGCAUCAGGCGGAAAUUUCGAACUACUGUGCCUGGAGAAUCCUUUGCUGGAUAUCCAGGGCAAAGGCACGCCCGAGCUCCUCGAGAAGUAUGGCAUGAAACCCAACGACGCGAUCCUCGCGGAGGAGAAGCACAUGGGCCUGUAUGAGGACCUGCUUCAAAACCACGACGCGAAGAUCAUCGCGGGCGGAGCGGCGCAAAACACCGCUCGAGGCGCUCAGUACAUCCUCCCCCCGAACUCCGUCCUCUACAUCGGCUGCGUCGGCCGCGACUCCUACGCCGAGCAACUCCAAGCCGCCGUCGCCGAAGCCGGCGUCCGCGUCGAGUACCGCUACGACGAUGAGCAGCCCACCGGCCGCUGCGGCGUCAUCAUCACGGGCCACGAACGCAGCAUGUGCACCGAUCUGGCGGCGGCGAACUGCUACAAGCUGGAGCACCUGAAGCAGCCGGAGAUCUGGAAGCUGGUCGAGCAGGCCGAGGUGUUUUAUGUGGGCGGGUAUCACCUGACUGUGUGCGUGCCGGCGGUGAUGGCAUUGGCGGAGGAGGCGGCUGCGAAGAACAAGAUCUUCGCCCUCUCCCUCUCCGCCCCCUUCAUCCCCCAGUUCUUCAAGGAACAGCUCGACCAAACCGCGCCCUACUGGGACUACGUGAUCGGCAACGAGAUGGAAGCAGCCUCCUACGCCGAGUCGCACGGGCUACCCAAGGACGACCUAACCGCUGUCGCGAAAGCCAUGGCAUGCCUGCCUAAGAAGAACACCGCGCGGCCGCGCACCGUCGUUAUCACGCAAGGCACAGACCCGACUAUCGUUGCCAUCGGAAAGGGCGAGGGCGAGGUGGAGGUCAAGACAUUCGAUGUGCAUGCUAUUGGGAAGGAGCAGAUUAACGAUACCAAUGGCGCUGGCGACGCCUUCGCCGGCGGCUUCAUGGCAGGCAUCGUGCAGGGCAAGCCCCUCGAGACGUGCGUCGACAUGGGACACUGGCUCGCCAAGCUCAGCAUACAGGAGCUGGGGCCGUCGUAUCCGUCGCCGAAGCAGACGUAUACCCAUUCGUAG